UAUAAAUGCUGGAGACGUGACGCUACAGAUAUGACCUGCGUUUUUCAAGCACAUAUAACUAGUUCAGAAAUCUCUCUCAGAUCUUCUGUAUCAGAAAACUUCGUCUUUGGCGCUGUAUACAUUCUGUGACAAGUAUUCUGACAGGCUGAUUACACCUUUCGCAUUGAUUCUCGGAUGAUAUCCAAAAAUCCGGUAUAGCUCUUGUAGGCUCGAUUCCGCCUGGGAUACAUCAAGAUAUCGUCCACUGACAGACAGCCCGAACACACCUAAUUCUUCCAUGCCUUAACAUCCUGUUAUAAAGAGGCUUCUGCUACGAACGAACAAUACCCCACAUCGGUCAACAUGUACUUCAGUUCCAAAUCCGCUGUUGCCUUCAUCCUCUCCAGCCUCACCCUCGUCUAUGCAGCACCUGCUGGCGUAUACUUCUGCGUCGAACCUAGUUUUAAAGGAUCGUGCGCCUACGUCUCUGCCGAUGCAGGCACCUGCAUCUCCUUCGCAGCCGGAGACUCCUGGAACAAGGUCAUUUCCGCUGUCCUCCCAGAUGCCGCGACCGUGUGCACAUUCUACACUGGCUUCAAUUGCACCGGGACGACCUUCCAGGUUACUAAAGAAUACGCUACCCUUGUAGGGACGGGAUUCAACGAACAAGCCAGUUCUUUCGCGUGCUCCUAGUUUCGGUCCCGUCAACGACUGUGCUCGGAUGGUGAA